CUUGAACUUGAACCUUGUGUACCACAAUCACACUGCCAAAAGAUCAUUGAUCGCGACUAGCGGAUCCGACGCUCCAGUCAACCCGGCUUAAGGUUAGAACGUCGCUCAGCCGAUUGCUCACGUAACUGACUACUUAUGUAUGCUGUUCGCUCAUUUGUUCCUGUUGCUAAGCAUUUCGCCAUUAAAUGCCACCAACGACCAAUAAGUAUUUCGGCAUCGCACCUUGGUGCGAAGUUGGCGGUUCGCGAUGCUUUGAACAAUGCCAUUCGUGAAGAAAUGGAACGCGAUAAGGAUGUCAUCAUACUUGGAGAGGAGGUUGCUCAAUUCGAUGGCGCCUACAAGGUCACCAGGGGUCUCUUUAAAACGUUUGGUGAUGGACGCGUUAUUGACACGCCCAUCACCGAGAUGGGAUUCACUGGCAUCGCUGUUGGCGCCGCCCUGGCUGGCCUAAAACCCAUAUGUGAAUUUAUGACCUUUAACUUCGCCAUGCAAGGUAUCGAUCACAUAAUCAAUUCCGCUGCGAAAACGCAUUUUAUGUCUGCUGGCAAAAUUUCUGUUCCUAUAGUCUUUCGCGGUCCAAACGGUGCAGCUCCCGGUGUGGCAGCGCAGCACACUCAGGAUUACGCGUCGUGGUACGCCGGUUGUCCGGGCCUGAAAGUAUUAGCUCCUUAUAGCUCUGAAGAUGCCCGUGGGCUUCUGAAAUCUGCCAUUCGUGACCCGGAUCCAGUUGUUAACCUGGAAAGCGAAAUUCUGUAUGGGCAAAGUUUCGACGUUUCAGACGAGGCGAUGUCGGCCGACUUUCUGAUUCCGAUCGGGAAAGCGAAAAUUGAACGCGAGGGCACUGACAUUACCUUAGUGGCUUACUCGAUAUCAGUUGGGGUUUCUUUGACGGCCGCAGAAGAGUUAAAGAAAAUGGGCAUAAAUGCGGAAGUCAUAAAUCUACGCUCACUUCGACCACUGGACGACGAAACAAUUUUCAACUCAGUGAUGAAGACACAUCACUUGGUCACUGUGGAAGCAGGCUGGCCAACUUGCGGAAUUGGCGCCGAAAUAUGCGCACGAGUUAAUGAGUGUAUGUCUGUUUUUUUCGCCGAAUUAUACACCGCGUCAUAUUUACCCUAA